UAAAAUGCUUACCAACAAUACAUACUUUUAUUGCUAUACAUAUUUCAAAAUAACCAAUCUGAUUGUAGUUAGCACUCUAAAUUCUAUUAAACAUCUCUUAUAGUGAAUAGCACCUAUGGCACACAUGACUAUGCCAAUUUCAAUAACGCAUCACAAACCAAAAUUAGUAAUAUCUUCAAUAGUAACACCCCAUGAGACAAAACACCUUUCUGAAAUAGAUGAUCAAGGGAGUACCCGUUCCCAUGUUCCCAUAUUAAUGUUUUACAAAUAUAAUUCUUUAAUAGAAGGUAAAGAUCCAGCAAAACUUAUCAAAGAUGGAUUAUCGAAAACACUUGUGUUUUUCUAUCCAUUAGCUGGUAGACUCAUUGAAGGGCCUAAUAAGAAGCUUAUGGUAAAUUGUAAUAGUGAAGGAAUUAUGUUUGUUGAAGCUGAUGCUAAUGUAGAGCUUGACAAAUUAGGUGACUCUAUUAAACCACCAUGUCCAUACUUAGAAGAGCUACUAUAUAAUGAGCCAGGAUCUGAUGGGAUUAUUGAUUGUCCAUUAAUGUUAGUUCAGGUGACUCGUUUUAGGUGUGGUGGAUUUGUGAUUGGAUUCAAAUUUAAUCACACUAUGAUGGAUGCUUAUGGCUUCAAAAUGUUUCUAAAUGCAUUAAGUGAAUUGAUUCAAGGAGCUUCUGCACCUUCCAUACUACCUGUAUGGCAAAGGGAUGUCCUAAGUGCUAGAUCAUCACCAUGCAUUACAUGUACUCACCAUGAGUUUGAUGAGCAAAUUGAAUCAAGAAUUGCAUGGGAAUCUAUUGAAGACAAGUUGAUACAACAAUCAUUUUUCUUUGGAAAUAAGGAGAUUGAAGCCAUUAUGCAUCAAGUUUCUUUAAAUUGUGGAUGUACAAAAUUCGAUUUGUUAACAGCGUUUUUAUGGAAAUGUCGUACCAUUGCUUUAGAUUUGCACCCUGAAGAAAUUAUUCGUUUAACGUACGUAAUUAACAUACGCGCAAAGUCACUAAAAUUUGAAUUGCCAUCUGGAUAUUAUGGGAAUGCGUUUGUUACUCCAGUUGUAGUAUCAAAAGCAGGAUUGUUAUGCUCCAAUCCUCUCACAUAUGCAGUUGAACUGGUCAAGAAAGUUAAAGGUCAAAUGAAUGAAGAGUACAUUAGAUCAGUGAUAGACUUAAUUGUGGUUAAAGGGAGACCAGAGUUGACAAAAUCUUGGAAUUUUAUGGUCUCAGAUAAUAGAUCUGCUGGAUUUGAUGAAUUUGAUUUUGGAUGGGGAAAACCCAUUUUUGGAGGGGUUUCAAAAGCUGCAUCAUUCACUAGUAUUGGGGUGCCUGUUAAAAAUGAUAUGGGAGAAAAGGGUAUUUUAGUAGCUAUAAGUUUGCCUCCACUGGCCAUGGAAAAAUUUCAAGAGGUUGUCUACAAGACUUUCAAAUAUGUGGAAGGAGUCAAAACAAUUUCAAAGAUGUAACAAUUUAGAGAAUUUCAAUUGUAUCAAAAUAUAAAAGGAUACUUUUUUUUCAGAACAGGAUAAAAAAAAAUAGUGAUCUUACGAGAGACUACAUGAAACCACAAUGUCAUCAUCUACUUGCAUUGUUAGUAAAUCUCCUCUUUCUAAAUAUUUAUUUUCUUUCAUGUAUCCGUUUUAUAUAUUUGUAGUUUCA